AUGGCGGAGGUGGCGGAGGAUCCGCGCAGCGCAGCGGGAGGCGCGGCAUCGGUGGGGAUGCUGCGCGAUGCGCGGACGCCGCCGAAAUCGUGGUCGGAUCUCGAGCCGCCGGCGGCGCGAUGGGCGAAUCCGUUCGUGGUGCGCGUUGGGCAGGUGUUCACGGGAUUCGGCGUGGGAUGUGGCGUGGGCAUCGGUGUUGGCCGGCCCGUGAACCUAGGCGCAUUGCCAGCAGCAGGGGCAGUGGCAUCAAUGGCAGCUACCCUACCCUCCGCUCUUGAUCACCCUGCCAUCACCUCUCUACCAUCUCUCACCUCUCUCCCUUCCUUCCCCUCACUCUCAUCCGCCCCUCACUCUCUUCCACCCCUCACUCUCUUCCACCCCUCACUCUUUUCCACCCCUCACUCUCUUCCACCCCUCACUCUCUUCCACCCCUCACUCUCUUCCGCCCGUCACUCUCUUCCGCCCCUCACUCUCAUCCGCCCCUCACACUCAUCCACCAGUCUAUCCCUCGCCUGUCCCUUCCUUCCCUUCAUGGCAGCUGAGGCGUCUGGAAGUGCCGCAGGGGGAUGUGGGUGUGGGAUGCGACUGGGCGAACCGCUCUCCCCUCUCUCCCCACUCGCCACUCUCCCCUUCUACCCCCUCCUGUAG